AUGCCUUUCUUCCAAUGCUGCUCCAAAGCAAUUGUACCCACCCCUGACCCACCUCCUGUGAGAUGGCUUCCAGAUCGUGGGGCAAUCAAAGCUUCGGUUUUGGUGGUUCCUCCCGAUGGCUUGGUGGGCAAAACAGGGAUGAAAUGCAUUACAGAAAUGAUUCUGCGUCAGUACAGAAUUUUUGGGGUAGUGCAAGUGGCGGAGUGCAAUUCUGAUAUUAUCAUCGCUGACAUAGUUUGCGUGCCAACAAAAUAUGCUAGAGGACAAGUUCAACCAGAGACCUGGUACCUGCCAUCCAGGCAUACAUGGCAAUACCCUGUUAUUAAUCAGAUCAUGCUCGCUUGA